UCAAAUUCAGGUUUCUUUCUGUUUGUUGUGAUGGCUAAGAGAUUCACAACACAGCUUUUCGUCAGCAGACUCUCUGCUUACACCACAGAUCAAUCACUGAGGCAACUGUUUGCGCCUUUUGGUCAGAUUAUAGAAGUGUGUAUGUUACUGUUCUUAGCUCGUCUUAUUAGGGACCAGCAAACACAAAGACCUAAAGGUUUCGGAUUCAUUACUUUCGAGUCUGAGGAUGAUGCACAAAACGCUUUGAAAGCUUUGAAUGGGAAGAUUGUUAAUGGCAGAUUAAUAUUUGUGGAAGCUGCAAAGGAAGUAGAAGCACCAAUAACAAUUAUGAAAAAGUAACAAGGCUUGAAGAGGACACAUACACUGUCCUUACACAACAACUAAAGACUCUUCACCAAAUCAUUCUACAGUUCUACAAUGUCACAAUUCUAAAGAGUAAAUGCAUUUCCUGCGAGAUCUGAAGUUUCAAUUUGAGUUGAGAAAUUGAGAAUCAUUUCUGAUUCUGAUAUAAACCACUUUUCGGCUGAGCAUAUUCGACUCUGAUGUUUCUUCCUUCUAGUAACUGAACAAAAGACAGAACAUAAAGUCAGCAAGAAUGUUGUAUAUGAACAGUCAAGGUUUUGUUAGAAUGUCUUUUUUUUCUGGA